AAAUAAGUGAAGAAUCGAUAACUGAGAGUAUAUUACGCUAAUUUUCAAAUAUAAUUAAUGGAACGGAAUAAUAUUUUUCAAAGUUUUUAUAAAUAAUCCAGUGCUGUUCUUUCAUCCACUUAAUUACACAAUUGUUAACAGCUAGUCUAUGUUAAUGGUUUAUCAUAAGCAUUGAAAAAAUUAGAAUUAAAUCGAUAACUCCUCCUUAUCACUAAUUUUUCUGAAAUAUACAUAGUUUUGUAUAUGUCAUCAAUAAGAAGAAACAAAUAGGAAUUUUUUCAUAAAUAAACAUGUCAACGUUCUACUUCGUCAUCGUUGGACACAAUGAUAAUCCUAUAUUUGAAAUGGAGUUUAGCACAGUCAAUAAAGAGUUGCGUAAAGAAGACAGUCGUCACUUGAGUCAAUUCAUUGCACAUGCCGCGUUAGAUCUAGUAGACGAACACAAGUGGAGAACGCCCAAUAUGCAGUUCAAGUCCAUCGAUAAAUUUAAUCAAUGGUCCGUGUCCGCAUUCGUAACCGCCAGCCAGAUACGCUUCAUUAUUGUGCAUGACAACAAAAAUGAUGAUGGCAUAAAGAAUUUCUUUAAUGAAAUGUACGAAACAUAUAUUAAACAUUCCAUGAACUCAUUUUAUAAAAUCAAUACGCCCAUCAAAUCGCCUGUUUUCGAAAAGAAAGCACACCUUUUCGGGCGUAAAUUUUUGCUAUCAUUAUAAUCGUUGUAUAGUUUAAUAAAUAUAGAAGCAUAUUAUUUAUAAGUA